AUGGAACAUUCAUCCACUUCCAGUGUGGUGUCAUUGAAACAAGAAUCAAUGGAGGUGACAGAGACAAGUGUUACUACUUCAUCUGUGGUGACUGCUGAAACAAAUCAGCCUGAUUCUACAGAAAAUUCUGCUCCAGUCAGUUCUCCACAAGACCAAGAAAACAGUAUGUCAACAACUGCAGUUAUCAAUGGAGGAGAAAUACCAAAAUCAGAGAAACUUGCAGAUGCGAGUGAUAAUGGAGAACCCAAAUUAAAUAAACCCAAAAGUAAAAAGAAGAAAAAAUUGGAUCCAUCUGCCCCACGUCAACCACUUUCAGGUUAUAUGAGGUAUCUUAAUGAUCGCAGGGAGAUUGUUCGUGGAGAAAACCCAUCUUUGUCCUUCAUAGAUAUCACAAAAUUGCUUGCAGAAGAAUGGAAUCAUUUGCCUCAAGACAAAAAGCAACCAUAUGUUGAAGCCGGUCAGCAAGAUAGGGAGCGAUAUACUCGUGAAUUGAAUGCCUAUAAAAAGACUCAAGCAAAUCUCACCCCAGUCGAAAAGCCAGCUGAAAAGAAAGCACGGAAAUCACAAAAUAUGGGAGAAAAUGGAGUACUUUCAGACAACCAAGACUUUGCAGAAAAUGGGAAGAAAGAAAAUGAUUGUGAUGGUGAUAUUCAUAUUUUCACUGACGAAUUUCUUGAUCUGAACAGAGCUUGUGAGUCAGAGUUCAGGCAGUUACGUGCUCAGAAUACUGAAUUUGAAGAACAAAAUGCAUUACUGGAGAAGCAUAAUGAAACUAUGAAAUCUGCCAUUGAAAGAAUGGAGAAAGCUAACAUGUUGUUACGUAGUAAUACGUGUGCUGUAGAGGAGCAUUUAAAUAAUUUGCGUAACAAAUUUGUCGAAGCAUUUCAAAUUGUGUCUGUUCCUGGAAAAAGGAAACCAGCAACACAUGAUAAUGUGGAUGAAUACAUUGAACAUGUAGAGAAAAGUGUUGAGUUUGAUGAAAUUUCAAUGCAAUUGCGUGAAUAUGUUCAGAAACUUGAUUUUGAAGUUUGA